UGUCUAGCGUCAGUCUUGAUCCAGUUGCGUACGCGCUCGGUCCACGCAAUGAUCACGGUCGCUAUAGUUCUUAUAGUGCUCGUUGCACUAUACCUUUACAAUAUCAGAACAUUUGACUACUGGGAAAAACGUGGUGUCAAACAUGAAAAACCAGUUCCAUUUUUUGGCAACAAUGCCGAUAACUAUCUCAUGCGUAAAAGUGUUACCGAAAAAACUGUCGAAAUGUAUUGGAAAUAUCCCAACGAAAAAAUCAUCGGCUUCUUUAGAUCCACUAGGCCAGAGCUUGUAAUCCGGGAUCCAGAGAUUGUAAAGCAUUUGUUGGUUAGCGAUUUUUACCACUUUUAUCCGCGCGGCCUUAGGCCCAACGCAAAGUACAUGGAGCCUAUUAUGCGGAACUUGUUUUUUGCGGAUGGAGACCUGUGGCGGUUGUUGAGGCAGCGCAUGACUCCGGCGUUUACGAGCGGCAAGCUGAAGGCGAUGUUCCCGCUGAUAGUGGAGCGCGCUGAGAGGCUGCAGGAGCGCGCGCUCGCGGCCGCCGCCGGCGCACGCACCAUCGACGCACGCGACCUCAUGGCCCGCUACACUACCGACUUCAUCGGCGCCUGCGGCUUUGGCAUCGAUGCAGACUCGCUCAACGAAGAAGAAUCAGCUUUCCGAAAAUUAGGUGCUAGUAUCUUUAAAAUUGAUGCUAAGCGUUUUGUAACUUCGAUGUUGAAACAGGCGAUGCCUCGAUUGUUUUACCCUUUAAAACCAAUGGGUCACAUAGAGAAGGGCAUUAAUGAACUGGUCGGCGCAAUUUUAAAGGAAAGAAAAUAUGAAACUUCAACUAGGCACGAUUUUAUCGAUCUUCUGAUAGAAAGCAAAAAGAAAGGGUUAAUGACGGGGGAAUCGAUAGAACGUAUAAAACCUGACGGAACUCCAGAGGUUGCUAGUCUAGAAAUGGAUGAACAGUUGAUGGCUGCUCAAGUAUUUAUAUUCUUCGCCGCUGGUUUCGAGACGUCGUCUUCGGCCACAAGUUUCACUUUACACCAACUGGCGUAUAACCCCAAAGUGCAGAAAAAAGUACAAGAAGAAAUUGACAGGGUUCUUGCUAGCCACAAUAAUAAGCUGAGUUACGAUGCUGUAAAAGAAAUGACUUAUUUAGAUUGGACUUUUAAAGAAGGCAUGAGGAUGUUCCCAUCGCUUGGAUUUUUAAUUAGGGAGUGUUCCCGUAAAUAUACUAUCCCGGAGACUGGUGUAACUAUAGAUGAAGGAGUUAGGAUUUUCAUACCUAUCCAGGCUAUGCAUAUGGACCCUCAGUAUUUUGAUAAUCCGGAAGAAUUCCGGCCGGAGAGGUUUAGUCCGGACGAAUUUAAUUCGGUUCAGAAGAGUAUUUACUUACCGUUCGGUGUUGGUCCUCGCGCAUGCAUAGGUGAAAGGCUGGGCUUGAUGCAGUCUUUGGCGGGGCUCGCGGCCGUCCUCUCAAAGUUCACGGUAUCACCGGCACCAGAAACCGUGCGGAGACCGAAGGUGGAGCCCAAAUCGGGCAUCGUACAGACCAUCAAAGGAGGUCUACCUUUAAUGUUUAAAGAAAGAAGCUUAUAGAAAAAAUAAGGGAUAUAAGACCUGAGUGGAUGCUUGGAGCGGAGCGUCCGGCGGGGCGGGCGAGCGUGUAGCGUCGACUUGGGACACUUGGAUGAACUUCAAUUGUUAGACAUGCACUCUGAACGCCCCGCCCAAUACAAGCGUGCACUCAGGCCUAAGACAUACACAGCCUUUAAUGUAAGGAAAUAAA